CGGUUUUUUGCAGCAGCAGAGCUCUCCGGGAUGGCAUAAGAGAGUGGCUAUUACUACGGGAGGAGAAAACCUACCGAACGAAAGACAGAUAGCGUCGUCCCCUCGGCGAUGGCACGACUAGAGGUGUUUUUGUUCACGGCUCUAGCUCGUAUUUCGUCUGGGAAUUCUGCUUCCUUUAUUGGCUAUUCCUGAUCCGUACUCCAACCGACAUCUCCAAUUAUGGAUUGUACUGAAGUUCCACCUAUCGGUUUUUUGAGUCAAGACAAUCGAGCGAAAUAAGAGGAAACGAUCAAGGACUGCUGUGGGCUAUUAUCCAUUCCGGACUGUUCUCCAUAUAUAGACAAGAGUCGUUGAGAAAUGCAUGCGUGUUUAGGAUUUUGGUAGGCUAUUUUGUUUCAAUCCUCCGGUGCAAUAUUCAGGAUAUUCCAUUGGUUUACGCGUAAAGGACAUGGGCACAAGGUGUUUUAGCUACCAGAAACUAUCCCUGUAGUUAGAAUAGAUGCCUUCGUGUUGGCACGUUUUGCUAUUAACGGCCUGAGAUGAUAUAACUGCAGUUUAGAUGAUUGCUUUGCUCUGUUAGGAAUAGUGCGCUGCUGUAGUUAAGCCUUUUUUUUAACAGCUGAUCACCUUUAGGGUUUCAGAAAUACCCUUUUAUUAAUUUUGACAACAGAAAACUAUUUUUUAAUUUUUAAUUUUAUUCAUAUGUAUUUCAUAUGAACGCAAGUAACCUAUUCUGAGCUGCUGUGUACAGUUGUAGGCUAUAACUUGGAAACAAAUCUCCCCACCUCACUAGCAAGGUGACAGUAGGAGUAGGGUUGCAGAGUGAGCAGAGUUCUCUGUAACAGAACGACAGAAGGACAAUAGCCAUGGCUCUCCCCGAUAACACCCCCAGCAUUCCUUUAGGGGAAGAAGUCAUCUUCCCUGAGAUAGUAGAGCUGAACGUGGGCGGUCAGGUGUACAUCACUCGCUACUCAACCCUCAUCAGCGUACCAGACUCUCUCCUGUGGGAGAUGUUUAGCAGGAAAUCCACCAAAGGUCUGGCGAGGGACACCAAGGGCCGUUUCUUCGUGGACCGUGAUGGUUUCCUGUUCCGGUAUAUUCUGGACUACAUGAGAGAUCAGCAGCUGGUGCUCCCAGACCACUUCCCAGAGCGGGGUCGCCUGCAGCGGGAGGCUGAGUUCUUCAACCUACCUGAGCUCAUAAAGAUUCUGGCGCCCAAAUUCAGCAAGCAGAACUCGCUAGGCGACGAGGGGUGUCAGAGCGACCCGGAGGACUCCUCGCCGGGCAUCGACACUGGGCGCAACCUGGCCUCGCUGGGCACUGCCGCCUGCGCCAGUCUGGUCCCCAGUGGAGACGGUAAACGCUCUGGAUUCAUCACCAUCGGUUAUCGCGGCUCCUAUACAUUGGGGCGUGACAGCCAGACCGACGCCAAGUUCAGACGAGUUGCUCGCAUUAUGGUCUGUGGCAAGACGUCGCUGGCUAAAGAGGUGUUUGGGGAGACGCUGAACGAGAGCCGGGACCCGGACCGACCUCCAGAGCGCUACACGUCACGAUACUACCUCAAAUUCACCUUCCUGGAGCAGGCCUUUGACAGGCUGGCAGACGCCGGGUUUCACAUGGUGGCCUGUAACUCCACGGGGACCUGCGCCUUCGCUCACGAGCAGACGGACGACAAGAUCUGGACCAGCUACACUGAAUACGUGUUCUACCGUGAGUGAGACCAUCAUCAUCAUCAUCCCUGGUCCCCGGUCCCCCUAGUGGUCCCCAGCAUCCAGCCUCCUCUACUCUUGCCUCCCUGGAUCCACCCCUGGGUCCCCUUGCCUCCCUGUAUCCACCCCUGGGCCCCCUUGCCUCCCUGGAUCCAGUCCUGGUCCCCCUUGCCUCCCUGGAUCCAGUCCUGGGCCCCCUUGCCUCCCUGGAUCCAGUCCUGGGCCCCCUUGCCUCCCUGGAUCCAGUCCUGGGCCCCCUUGCCUCCCUGGAUCCCCUUGCCUCCCUGGAUCCCCUUGUCUCCCUGUAUCCAGUCCUGGGCCCCCUUGCAUCCCUGGAUCCAUCAAUUUUUCCCUUGCCUCCUGGACCCCAGCCUCCAGCCCCUGCCCCCUAGCCCCUGCCCCUUGGCUCCAGCCCCCUUAGUGUUCCCUAGCCUCCAGCCCUUGCCCCCCCCCCCCCCCCCCCCCCCACCAGCCCUGGAUUCCUGCUUCAAGCACCCCUGGCCCCAAUCUCCAUGGGCCCUGACCCCCUGCGUCAAGCCCCCCUGCCUCCAACCAGCCGUCCCCUCUCUCCAUAUUUCUCUCUCACCCAUCAGCUGUAAUCCUUACCACCUCUGCGGUCCCCUCUCCUGAUCCAGCUAUAACCCAACCAUCGCCCCCGCACCAAGCCUCAGAGACCCGACCACAACCCCCCUAACCAUCCUACAGAGACUGCCCCCCCCACCCUCCAUGUACUGUCCUUCCUCCUGUAUAUAGUAUCUGCCUUGGUGAAGCACAAUGCUGUGUGUAAAAUAGCUUGUUUAGUCCAGUUCAGGUCCUGCCUGGUCUGUGUAUAACUAACUUUAGCGGGCUGGAAGGGGCCAAUCGGAGAAGGGCCUAGAUUGAAGUACUACUUUGUUCUGAACCUCUGCUGCUGCUUACUCCAACAGACCCUCCUGCUCCUCUGAACUAAAAUGGCCAAAUAAUGUGACAUCUAAGCAGCCUAGAGGAAUGAGCGAGAGAGAGUGGCCAGCCCGGCACAAACAAGAACAAAGUGUCACACACAACGAAAGUCUUUUAUUUCCUCCUUCCCCUCUUCUUAUUUUCCUUAUAUGUCUGAGACCAAACUGUUGGGAAAGGCGCCGUUCACUUUUACUAUUCAAAUGUGGUGGCAGGUACCCUAGUGGUUAGAGCGUUGGACUAGUAACCGAAAGGUUGCAAGAUCGAAUCCCCGAGAUUGAAUCCCCGAGCUGACAAGGUAAAUAUCUGUCG